GCGAAAAUGGGAUUAAUCCUCGAAAAGUGGUACCGGCAACGGUUCCUGUAGGUCGUGAUUGUUGCCCACCUAUUGCAUCACUACCGCGCCACAGGAACAGCAAUAUAUUCACGCCCAUCCCUCGAGGUUCAUUUAAGAGUUAAUUCUAGCCAUUUGGUUGUAUUUUUCUAGCCCUUCGCCAUGGGUUCUACGAGUGCGCGCCUACUUCGAGCGGUCCACGCUGCGCGUUUACAAGCCACCAAGUUCCCAUCUCGGGGUUAUGCUACAGAUCAACCCGAGUUGCAGAGGAAUAAGAAUAACACAUGGCUCGUCAUAUCAGCCUGUUUAGGCAUUCCUGCGGCCUACUAUCUCUUGAUGGGAAAUAGUUCGAAGCCAGCAAAGGGUAGCUUGGCAAUGCCAUCGAAUGUGGAAGAGGCUGCCUCUCCUAAAUCGUCCAGCGGACAAAAUACGAUGUCUUCCAAUCAGGAAGGGUUAUCAAAUACCGAUAGGGCACAUCCUUACGUCAAUAGCCCAAGUUUCAACAAGAAGCGCGAGGGUCAAACGGACUCUGCGAAGGCGAAAUGAACGGGGUCACCUUCUCGAACUUCAGGUUGAACGGUUGAGAACGACCUACGUGUGAGAUUUCCAGGGGAACAUAUGUGAAUAGCAUUGUUUUUCUAUCACUCAAGGUGGAAAACCAGGGGAGGGGCGAUAUAUAACCCCCAACUUGAGAUACUCUCUCCGGCCUACAUCAGGAUCAGAGAUUGGAGUUUCUCACUGGCUGGUAGAGAUAUGUGCGCUGAGGAUCCUGAUAUUUAAUCUUCAUACCAUUAAUUGCAGGUUAUGUUUUAUUCAAAGUGACAGUGGUAAGAUAGAAAGAAGGUGGACGCUUUUGAGCCCAUCAGACCAUGACAAAGGCGCAAGUAUACAUAGGAUAAUCCAAGAGGAUCGUAAGAAUAUCAGU